AUGAAGUCCCUCCUCCAGAAAUUCCGAAAGGAGGAGAAGGAGCAGCCGCUGGGCGAGUGCGGAGUGGGGAUCGUGUUUGCCCCAGGGCCAGACAAGGGGUUGUAUGUCCGUGAGAUCGCAGAGGGAGGCCCAGCCUGGAGGGCAAACGAGGGGUACAGCGGCCCGAUCAAUGGCAGGGAGAGCGUCGUCAGGGUCGGCGAUUGCCUUCUUGAUGUACAGGACGUCUUGGAGCCCUACAACCCCUACUCAGACAAGCCGGCAAAGAAGGGCAAGAAGCACGAUGUGUUCGGCAAGAACCUGAGCCACGUCAUCCGUGUCCUAAGAGGGCCGCCGGAUAGCUACGUCGAGCUCACCUUCCGGCGCGUCACCAACCGCGGGCUUGCUGUGCCUGUGACUGUCUGCAUCCAGCGCGGAGAACCGGCAACCACACGAGACGUCGACAACUAUCGUGUGAAGCGACUGAGCGCUGAGCUGCAAGAGAGGUUCAAGGACAUCGACGAGGACAACAGCGGCGAGAUCUCGUUGGAUGAAGUUGUUUCCUACCUCCUUCGAAACCCGUUGCCUGGCCAAGGUGACGUGUGGAAGACCGCCAACUUCCUCUUCAAGAGGGCGGACAAGGAUGAGAGUGGGUCCAUCAGCGCCGCUGAGUUUGAGAAGGAGUUCAACAAGCUCUAUGAGCAGAUGGCGUCACAAACAGCUCCUACCGAUCUGGAGGAGCAGGCGGAAGUUUCCAUCGAAGAAGCUUUCAGCAACUCUCUAGCCUCCAUGCGCGAGGAUCUGAUUCGAGCGAUUCAUGUGAUCAAACGCCCGUACAUGAUGCAGCUGUGGCAACACAUUCGAGACCCGGAGGACGCGUUUCUGAUCUCCAGCAUGUACCGGUUGGAGGGCUACGACUCCCAGAAGCCAGGCUCUGGCAAGUACAUCCUGCACUCGAAGAUCUAUGAUGCCAGUAGCCAGUUCUUCUGGAAAUGCUUCUUGCGCAUUCAUGCUGCGCUGCACACUGCGCAAGCGAUCUUGAAGAAGGAGAUGGAGCAGGAGUUCAUCGACGAGGAGGAAGAGGAAGGAGCCAUCAUUGAAGUCAGCAAGCUGCUUGUCCUGCCAAGGGUCAUCUCCCUCGAUGAGCUUUCAAGAGAGCACGAAUCGCGCUCCACCAUCAUGGUGAACGUGAGCCGUUGCCCUGGUCGAGGAUACCCGCCGCGGUUGUGGCAGCCGAAAGAGAAAGUUAUUGAUCUGUUUGCGAGCCAGAAGUUCAUCGAGAUGCCUUCGCCGUUCAUAGGCCGAACAGAGUCAGUCUAUCACGUGAUCGAGUCUCUAACUCUCAAGAGGCUCAACACCAUCAUCGGUGAGACCGGGUUCGGCAAGAGCUACACCCUCCGUGCCGUCUUGCACACCCUGCAGGUGCGAGCAGAGGAGUCUCCGACGGGAAGGUACAUGUACAAGGACGGAGUCUUCCUCGUCGACUGCAUAGACAUCCGAUCCUUCGAGCGCCUGGCUUACGUUCUUGGGACGUCGUUCGGGCUGCUGAGCGUGUCGGUCAAGGAGAUCAUUCGGGACAUUCAUGGCGCAAAUUUCCUGCUGGCGCUGGAUGGAGUCGACGGGCUGCUGGACAUCGGGCUGAGCGAGAUGCGCACCUUCAUAACAGACCUGCUGGAGGGAUGCCCGGGGAUGAGCAUGAUUAUGACGUGCAACAGCGCGUGCGGCAUCCCCUACGAGAACAUCAUCGGCCUCACCAUGCUGAACCACAACGAGCUCGCGCAGCUCGUGUGCUACGACUUCCCCCCGGGCAAGGACUACCGCUUCACGUCGUCGGAGGUCGUCUGCGACUACCUCAACGGCAACCCCUUCGCUGCAAGGCUGGCGGCGUCGCUGAUCUCGGAGAAGAUCAGCCCGGCCGAGAUGCAGGACGUGAUCUCAACCCUCAAGGACAUCGACGUCAGGAACACACGGGCCAGCCUCAUCGACGCGGACCCCUGGGCUGACGGCACGCGGGUGAUCCUCAACUUGGACGGCUCGGUCUACGGCUCUUCCUUGUGCCUGUGUGCCUGGAUGAAGAUGGCGCUGGGCCACACCACGACUCACUUCGAACGUGCCUACAACUUCGUGCGGUUCCUUGUGUUCUUCCCGGGAGGCGUGCUGUACCGGGACGUGACGGCGCUGGUGCACGAGGCCGAGAAAGUUCUCGAUUGGCUGAUCAACUCGUUCAAGUUCGUGGAUGUCUUGAAUCUCGACGGGACCACCUGCUCCCUGAAGGAAGCGAUCGCGAGCAAGAGCGCGGUCCUCAAGCUGAGGACGAGCGUGGCCAAGGUGGUGAAUAUCAUGAACGAGCCGUUCCCAAAGGAGAGCAGGCGGUACCUCAAGCUCAUGUUUCCGCUGCUCGAGCGCCAUGCGGAGGAUGUGCUCCAGAGCAUUGAGCACAACGACAGCGCCACUGCCGUGAUGAUGCUCUCGAUGAUCGAGUCCAACAUCCUCUCCUGCACAGACGCGGAGGUGAUGCUGCGCGCUGACAUCUGCGGCACAGACACGGAGAUGAUCGAGAGCAUCGGGAAGGUUUCUUACACCCUUGCAAUCAUCCUGAUGUCUUUCAACCGCCUGCCGGAGGCCCUUGACGCCUGUGCAACUGCCUGCUUCUUCUUCAAGACCGUCUGCGAGUACGAGAUCACCGGCCCGUCGAUCGCUCAGAGGCGCCUGGAUGACCAUCCCGUCAAGGGUCCAGCUAGCCUCGCCCGUGGCCUCCGUCUGUCAGGCGAGAUCAAGCUCAUGGUUGGUGCUCUUGACUCGGCGAUGGAGGACCUGAAGAACGGCUACUUGCUGGAGUGCCCCAAGAAGUUGUCGGUGAUCGCCUUCAGUCACCUCGGCUCGCCCAUCGGGCAGGGAGACUGCCUGACGGCGCUCGGGGAGAUCGAGUUGCUCACAGGAGAUUUCCCGGCGAGCAGCGAGUACCUCAAGCACGGGCUCAAGGCGUACCGCGAGGUCAACAGCGAGGAGGGGAUCUCUGUGCUCAAGGUGCUGGCAAGCCAGCUGAAGGCAGCAACCGGCGACAUGCUCGGAGCGUUCAGCACCAUCAACUUCAGCAUCCAGAAGUUCCGAGAGGGCGAGAGCGCGUGGCGGCUCGCCAGCGCUCUCUGCAACCGAUCGGAGUACGCACUGUCGAUAUCGAACCUUGCUCGAGCACGAGAAGACAUUCAAGAGGCCCUCACUAUCUUCCUCAUCAGGAACGACCUCGUUGGUGUGGCGCUCGCCAAGAAGCUGCUGGGGGAGUGCUGCUACAAUCUUACCGAGUACCCAGCUGCUAUCCGACACCUAAGCGAGGCCAAGACCUUCGCUCACAUGGCACACUCGGACUUCCUGGAGGGCGAGAGCGAGCGAUGCAUGGGCCUCGUCACCUCGACUCACAUCUUCAUGGGCGAGGGCAGGCCGAGGUACGCGCAUGCGAUCAAGCACAUGAACAACGCGCUCGCCAUCUUCGGGAGGAUCCACUACUUGGUGGGGGAGGGAAACUGCUACAGGAGCCUCGCAGCGAUCUACAAGAAGCUCAAGCACAAGCAUCAUCGCAUUGAGUCCCUCAACCUCGCGCUCAAGGCCUACCAGCGCGUCGGACACAGGCUGGGCAUCGCGAUCGUCGACAGUGAGCUUGCGAGGAUCUACGAGAAGAUGGGCAAGUUGGAGGAGGCCAACACCAAAGUCCAGGAGGCGCUUCCUGCCCUGCAGGCGAGUAGGUUGCUGAUGGUGGAGGGAAACGACAGGAACAAGGACUCACAGAAACCCAAGACCUCCCUGGAAGAAGACGAUUACUGGAAGAAAAAGUAG